CACUGCAGGUUCAUGUGUUGAGACCAACCUUAUAUGGACUGAUCGGACCGGUAAUGGCUUAUUUCCCCCUAGCACCCAGCAGUGGCACAGUAUCUAUGAACCAGUUAUAGCACUUCAGCCACUUUGGCAUUCUUCCUGGACUUACAGAACUGAUUCCUCUGCUACUUGGUUAGGCAAUGGUUAUCGACAGCGGCUCGUGAUUUGCUCUGACUGUAGUUCCACGUAUAACGUCAGUUAUAUUUUUUUCUGAAACAUCGAUUGUAUUUUCUGUUUUAAAACAGCGGAUUGCCAAACUGGUGCAGCAACUUUCCUGCAUACAUUUCCACAAGACAUGUCGUUGACCAACACAAAGACGGGCUUUUCUGUAAAGGACAUUUUGGACCUCCCUGACACGAAUGAUGAAGAAGGAUCUAUCACUGGAGCGGAGGAAGAUACGGAAGGAUCUGAGACAACAAAAACGUCUCGAGUUUUGGUGCAAAGUCCGCACGAAAACGUUCAAAACCUGCCUUUAAAGAACCCAUUUUAUGAUAGUAGUGACAAUCCUUACACAAGAUGGCUUGCUACUACGGACAGUAUUCAAUAUUCACUGCAUGGCCUAUCAGCUAGUUCACAAGACUCCGCCAAGUCUCCGGAACCCUCUGCAGACGAAUCACCAGACAAUGACAAGGAAACUUCAAGCAACGGCAGCGACUCCGGGAAGAAGCGAAAAAGAAGAGUGUUGUUUUCCAAGGCGCAGACGUACGAACUUGAGCGUCGGUUUAGACAACAGCGAUACCUAUCCGCACCAGAGAGAGAACACCUCGCGAGUUUGAUUCGCCUGACUCCAACUCAAGUGAAAAUUUGGUUCCAGAAUCAUCGGUACAAAAUGAAGAGAGCCCGCGCUGAAAAAGGUAUGGAAGUGACCCAUCUCCCCUCUCCCCGGCGGGUGGCCGUGCCUGUCUUAGUCAGGGAUGGAAAGCCUUGUCAUACUCUUAAAGCUCAGGACUUGGCGGCCACUUUUCAGGCUGGAAUUCCCUUCUCGGCGUAUAGCGCCCAGUCCCUUCAACACAUGCAAUAUAAUGCUCAGUACAGCGCCGCCACCACGCCACAAUUCCCAGCACAUCACUUGGUGCAAACGCAACAGUGGACUUGGUGAACAAUUAGAGACUGGCGGGGCUGCCUUUUGAGAGCACGAUAGGGAGUUCACAACAAAAUAAAGACUUUCAUUUUGCAGCUUGACCCAUAGGCUAUACCAUUUUUUCGGGGCUACUGUGUGCGCCGUGUUUACAUGUUUUCGUUAUGAGAACUGGGUCCAGCCUCUCCCUAGAUUUAAGAAUGUCAAUGCUCAUGUGAAAUUUUGUAAAAUAUGUUUGUGUGUUGUAGAGAUGUUUUCUUUUUGUCCUUCGUGUUAUCAGCACGUGCAAAACCACUUUAUAAUUAUAGAACAUUUUAUUUCUUGCUUCUUUUUACAAUGGACCGAAAAUAUUUAUGGCCAUGAAUAAACAUUGGCAACUUUGAGCUUUUUCCCUCUUUGUUUUGUUUAUUUUUGUUUAUUUUCUUUAUUUUUUCUUUUUAUUUUUGUAAAUACAUUGUGGCAAUGUUUGCAACCUAGAGAACAUUCAGAAUCAUUUAGCUGGAGAUAUACAUAUUUCCAACUUAAAAGAAGGGUAUAAUACUAUGUGACGAAAAUGUCAUGA